AACUCUUUAACGUUAUUGUUCUCAAAGUAUUACAAUUUACAGUAGAAUUCGUAUAUCGUACUAGUUUUUGUUAAGUUGUUUCCGAGUUACACUCAUACUUGCUAAAGCGAAGUGAAUUGAUUGUAACUGUAUUUAUAAUAGUAUUUGCUGCAUAAAGAAUUAAUAUUUUUUCUUAUUAAAAAGACAGUGUAGAAGAAUGAUUGCUGAUUUAGACAAAUGGAUUGAAAUAGCCAAAAAAUGCAAAUAUCUACCUGAAGAUGAUCUUAGAGAACUAUGCAAUAUAGUGUGUGAUUUACUCCUAGAAGAACCAAAUGUUCAACCGGUACAAACACCUGUUACCGUAUGUGGUGAUAUCCAUGGCCAGUUCUAUGACCUGGAAGAAUUAUUUAAUAUUGGUGGUCAGGUGCCAGACACUAUGUAUAUUUUUAUGGGAGAUUUUGUUGAUAGAGGAUACUACAGUUUAGAAACAUUAACAUUACUUAUGGCAUUAAAAGCUAGAUAUCCUGACAGGAUAAUUUUGUUAAGAGGAAAUCAUGAAACAUGCCAAAUAACAAAGGUCUAUGGAUUUUAUGAUGAAUGUCUUAAUAAAUAUGGAAAUGCAAAUGCUUGGAAAGACUGUUGCAGAGUUUUUGACCUCUUAGCUGUUGCAGCUUUAAUAGAUGAAACAGUCUUCUGUGUCCAUGGUGGCCUUUCACCCGAGAUUGCCAUGCUAGAUCAGAUUCGCUGUAUUGACAGGAACCAACAAAUACCACAUAAAGGCGCAUUUUGUGAUUUACUGUGGUCUGAUCCAACUGAUGAUGAGGAUGUUGAUGAAUGGGCUAUAAGUCCGCGAGGAGCUGGAUGGCUGUUUGGGAGAUAUGUAACUGAACUCUUCAUGAAAUUUAAUAAUCUUAAUUUGAUAUGCAGAGCUCAUCAGCUUGUCAAUGAAGGUUACAAAUAUAUGUUUGACAAAAGAUUAGUGACAGUUUGGUCGGCACCCAACUAUUGCUAUCGAUGUGGAAACGUCGCAUCGAUAAUGGAAUUUAAAACUGUGGAUGAUAGAAACGCAAAAAUUUUCCGAGCUGUCAGCGAACGAGACGUCCCUCCGCAACAUGCAACUCCAUACUUCCUAUAGUAGUUAUGAGAAAUAAUUGUUAUAUUAAUAGUUUAAUGUCACCUACGUAAUUUUGUACAAUAUAUAUACAAUACAGUUACAA